CAUUCAAUCCACAAACCUUAACUACAUACUAGGAUUCAUCUAUCCUAAACAAACUUAGUGUUUUAGGUCAUAAAGAGUGAAAUACAAAUAAAGAAGAGAGGAAAUUCUUGGAUUCAUGUUCUCCUCCUUGGAUGACACUCUUUUCAUGAAUCUUGGAUGAAUUCCUCCAUCCCAAGCUCCCUCAAGGUAUUUCUCUAACUAAGAACUGACCAAAAAUGUGAUUCAUAUCUUAGUACACCACGAAUGUGAUUCAGCGACAGGCUUCAUCACAACAAUUUUCUUUUUGUCUAUCACUGAUGGAACUUGUUGCAAUAUCAAGCUCCAUUGAUUGUCAAAAGUCAAGUUAGUUUCUAGUGUUGUCGAUAUUCUUCUUUCUCCUGGGCUUUAGGUUUUGCCUCUAGUCUGGUCCAUAUAUGAAAUUCACCCCAAAAUGCCAAAGAGGCAUGAAAAGGUACAAAAACACAACUAAGGUCUCAUAAUCUCACAUUGGGCAAUAAAUCAUUCCAAUCAUAAAACUUCCAAAACUUCAUUAAAUAGUAUUGGUUUUAACCAAAAAUGUGAAAGACAAAAUAUCUCGUUUCUAGUUUCACCAAAUUACCACACUAUUUAGGAUUUCUUGUCCUUGAGAAAGGACUAACCAUAAUCGUAAAACUCAUGAGCACCAAAAAUAACACUUUGAUUGUUUGUGGUGGAUCAGAAAAAGCUUAUAGGAUAGCAUUCACACAAAAGAUCUUGGCCUUGUUAAUGAGCUACAAAUCUCUUAAGAAAUCUUACAUGUUCUAGUCCAUCACAAAUAACUAAUGCAUGAGGGUCUAAAAACGUGGGAGUGAGCUUUUGGCAAUUUUGAUUUUCAUGAGAAUUUCUCUAGCUUUUCUGACAAAUGAUUGAGGGGAAUGUUUCAAAUAAUCGCUAGAUAAUGUUUCAAACAAUCGAAGUAAGGGUAUAUGGUCCGGCCCAGGUUGAUAUUUAAGCAUACUUGCCCUACAUUGCACCCGGUUAAGGUUUAUACGUGGGUUUUAAUUGGGAUUUUUUUUGUGGUAUUUUGGAUGACUCAAGUUUUUGGCACCGUUGCCGGGGAACUUCCCUUCCGCUAUUUUGAAAAGAUUGUUUUGUGUUAAUCUAUCUUUACUUUUUGCUUUUGUGUGUGUGUGAAUCUUGCUUGUGUUAGUCGAGUUGUGGUUCUUUUAAGUGUGUGCAGUAGGGUGUAUGACCCGAAAUAAUCCGACACCUUUAGCACUACUAGACGAAAAUCUCAACCGCACUCUCCAACUAUUGGGCCGUGAGAGGGAGCUGGCAAAAGCAAGAAGAAGGAUAGAGGAUAGGGAAUAACCACAAGUUGAUCCCAAAGUUGAAUGAGUUGCAUUUGAGGAAGAAUUUCAAUCCGAAGAGGAAGGAAGUGAAACCGAGAUGGCAGCUAAGGAGCUUAAGCGGGAGUUGCGGAGCAACCGAGGACCAUGGGCUACUAAAUGGCUCAACGGUUGACGAAUAUUUGGCCUACCAUCUGUGGCCGCCAACAAUUUCGAGAUCAAGCCCGGCCUUGUCACAAUGAUCCAAAACAAUGUGCAAUUCCAUGGGCUUAGAGAUGAGUUUCCGAGGGAGCAUGUUCAGAGGUUUAUCGAGAUUGCGGGACAUUUCAAGAUAAAUGGUGUACCCUAAGAUGCUUUGAAGUUGAGGCUAUUCCACUAAUCUCUUGUGGGGAAUGCGCUCAGGUGGCUCAACAAUAGACCCCCCCAUUACCUCAUGGGACGACUUGCUCAACAAGUUCAUGACCCGAAAUUGCCCACCUUCCAAGAUGGCGGAGUGGCGCAAAAAAAUCACCCAUUUCGAACAAGAGGAGGAUGAGACAUUGAGGGAUGCAUGGGAGAGAUUUUCUGACUUUUUUCCUCCAAUGCCCACAUCAUGGAUUUGAGGAACAGUUUCGGAUUGAGACCUUCUAUGAUGGCCUCCUCCAAGAUGACAAGAUCAUUAUUGACUCUAUAUGUCAAGGGAAAUUGAUGAACAUGACUACACCCCAAUUGACCGAAAUGCUUGAAGAUGUGGCAACAACAGGGUAUGAUUGGGGCUUGACAAAAAGCGGUAGAAGGGACACCAAGAGAGGAGUACAUUUGGUGGAAGCAAGUCCUCCGCUUGCCGCUAAGAUUGACGGUUUGAUUGAUGCUCUCCUUGAAGAUAAGAAGCAAGGGAAGAAGUUGUUGAUGGCGUGUGAUUGGUGUUCGAGUACCAACAAUGAGAUUUCAAAGUGCCAAUUGAUGAAGGAAGCAAGCACCACCGAGGAACAAGUGAGCUUAAUGGCUAAUGCUAGGAACAACAAUCCCUAGACAAACACUUAUCACCCGGGGUGGCGGAAUCUUCCAAACUUCCCUUGGUCUUCCCCAAGUAAUCCGAGACCCCCCGGUUUCCAAGGAACGACGGGGGAUUAUCAACCAAGGCCUCCCUUCAUUCAACAAAGGCCUCAGUUUCAAGGCUCGAACUUCCAACAACCGUUCCAAUCUCAUGGCUGUCAAGGGUUCCAACAACAACCCGAUAAGUUUGCAAAGCUUGAAGCCCGAAUGACCACCUUUGUGAGCACGAGCACUCAAAAGUUUGAGAAGAUUGGGCAAUUUAUGGAUGUGGAAACAAAAAACACGAGCACUCAAAUCGGCAAACUUUCUGCGAUCCUCACUGAGAGACCGAGGGAGCUCUUCCCUCCCAAACUAUCGUCAACCCCAAAGAUCAAAAUGUUGGGUUCAAUGCUAUUCGUUUGAGACGUGGGAAGGUGACCCCGAAAGUUGUUGUUAAGGAAGUAACCGAAGAAGAGAAGACUCCUUGAACGAUCGACAAGCAAGAAGACAUGGAAGGAGAGGAAGAAGAGACUAAGAAAUCAUUGCCGAUGCCACCACAAGCGGCUGAGUACAAGCCUCCUCUUCCUUCCUCACGAGGAUGCACAAGGACCGAUUGAAAGCGGAAUGUGGCGGAUUCGUGGAGAUGCUCAAGAAAAUUCGCAUCACAAU